GUUCUGACAGAAACCGUUUUUGACAGUCCAGUGAUUGCCAGGCGAGUUUUCCCCUGGGUUUUACCUCUCAGGCCACAUACAGGCUCCCCAGUCUUAUGGGUGAAGGUUGGACGACCUGCAGAUACAACACAGGGCUACACUCUCACCUCCUCUACAUGUGUUUAGGUUUCACAAACUGGUGUGUCUGACUUUGAGUGAGCUGAUGAAGGAAAUGUGAAGGCGGAACUGAAUGUGUUAAAGAUGUUUGAAUAACUAGAGAAGAGGAAGAAGAGGAUCAGAGGUAUCAGAUGCUGUCCUGACGCAGGUCGUCUUUAAUCGUCUGUCAGUUGGACUUCUGCCUCAGACCGAUGGAAAAAUGAUGGUGAGCGACGCAGGUCAAGAAGCAGACCAGUGAGGAGGAAUCGAACCCAAGCUGUUGACGGUACGCAGGCGUGAUGUUGGUGUGUGGCUCCCUGCUGCUCACCUGGGUGCUGCUCGCUGCCAGAGUACAAAGCCACAGCUGGAGACCCUGCACAGACCUGCUGCCUCUCGACCUCCUGGCCAGAGCCCUGCCACGCCCAGGACAAGCCCCGCCCCCACAGGUGCAGAUGGUUCAGUCCAGAGGGUCUAGAGGUCUCCGAUUGGCUGGCGCCGUGACGACAGCGCUAAGUUUUCCUGCCUCACAAGUCUUCACCAACUGUGACUACUUCCCCGCUGAGUUCUCAUUGGUUGCCACCAUCAAGAUACCGCGGCUGAAACAGAAGAGGAACGAGUACAUCUUCUCAGUGGUGGAGGAGAGAUCUGAUUCGCUGUUGCUGGGGUUACGUCUCUCCGAGAACCGCCUUCACUUCCUGGCCACGCUCCCUGGUGCUGGUGGGCGGAGCCGGUUGACCUUUAAGGAGGUUGGACUGGACGAUAACCACUGGCACACGGUGGUGCUGGCUGUAACUGGACCGUAUGCCACACUGACCAUCGACUGUGGACUUCCUUUAGAGCUUAAACAGGUCCAGUCCUUCCCCAGCACUCUGAGCACCAGAGGGUCCAGGUUCUUCAUCGGCAGCAGGAGGCGGUGGAGGGGACGCUUCUCUGGUUUACUGCGUCAGCUGGUUCUUCUGCCUGGUUCUGAUGCCACGCCCAGGCUGUGUCCAGCCUCUGACCCCAGUCUGGCUGAGCUGUCCGUCCCCCAGGUCCUAAAGUCCACCCCUCUCCAGCCGGACCACCAAGGACCAGUUUACCCAUACGAGGCUGAAGCCAGAGUGACCCUGGGAAAUCCUCCUCCGUGUUCGAGACCAGAACAAGGCCAGCUGUGGUUCAACGCUCAGAGGAAAGGUCUGUUCAUCUGUGACGGACUCACGUGGAGGACACUGCUGCAGAAUAAGGAGCGUUUGGAUUACGUGGAGGACUACCAGGAUCUGUACACCAGAUCAGAAACCUUCGAUGUAGAGGUCUUCUCCAUCCCGUCUGAAGGCCUGUUCAUGGCUGCAGCCAACAGGGACUCUCUGUCCGGUUCAGGUCUCUACAAAUGGAGAAACGGGUCGUUUCAGCUCUACCAGAACAUGAGCACUCAGGAGGCUCGAGCCUGGAAACACUUCACCAUCGACGACAAGAUUUUCCUGGUGGUGGCCAAUUCCAGGGAGGUGGAGCCAGAACUGUCCAUCAUCUACCGCUGGAACAGGCAGAGGCGGCGUUUUCUCCGUCAUCAGACUCUGGAGACUCAUGGCGCUCUGGACUGGGAGGCCUUCCAAAUCCACAACCACAGCUUCCUGGUCGUAGCCAAUCACAGACGAGCCAGAGACUCCAACCACAACAUCAACAGUGUGAUCUACAGGUGGAACCCAAACACAAAGCUGUUUGAGGUGAACCAGACUCUGUCCACAUCUGGAGCGUAUGACUGGGAGUUCUUCACCGUCGGACCAUACCACUUCCUGGUGGUCGCCAACACCUUUGACGGUCAGACCACCGCCAUCAGCUCUACCGUCUACGUCUGGUUGGACGGCUGCUUCCAGACCUUCCAGAACAUCCCGACAGUGGGAGCAACCGACUGGGAGAUGUUUCAGAUUGACGGCAGGUUUUUCCUCGCUGUCGCCAACAGUCAAAAGGUUUCAGACCGCGAUGCAAGUCCCUACAGCAUCAACUCCACUGUGUACGAGCUCAGCAUGCUCACACAGACCUUCAUUCGCUUCCAGGACAUCCUCACACACAGUGCGGUGGACUGGGAGUUCUUCACCAUCGGAGACGAGAAGUUCUUGGUGGUGGCCAACUCUUAUGAUGGCAGCUCGUACUCUCUUAACAGCAUCGUCUACAGGUGGCAGGGUUAUGAGGGCUUUGUUCCAGUCCACAGUCUGCCAACGUUUGGCUGCAGAGACUGGGAACACUUCAGCACUGAUGAAGGCUCCUUCCUCAUCUACUCCAGCGCCACAUCCAGGCUCAGUAAAGUCUUCAGACUCAAGACCUAUUGAAUUAAACCUGUCACACUCUGGGGACUGGGGACACUCUUCGACUUCAAAACCUGAGAUACUGUUCAAGUUUUAAACUCCUUGGGUCAACCUUAAAAAUCAACAAUAUUAAACUUAUUUAUGUAGCACUUUUCUUAAACAGAGUUUAUAAAAACUUCAUUCAGUCAUUUAAAGCUCUGCUGAUAAGGACAGCACCCUCGAGUGGGCAUAGAAAAACACUGUAAAGAGAAAAAAAAACACUGUAAAGAGAAAAAAAAAGGAAGGAUCAGGCAAGAACUCCUGAUGGGACUCUGUGGGGUCUUGAAUCACUAUCCACAAUUGCACAAAGCUUUAGCACAAAAUCCAGUGUGGUGCUACUCAUUCAGGCACACAUCCAUUAAAACAUGGUUUGUAAUAAUGCAUCAAAGUGAAGUUUUGGAUUUGAAGUUCAGUAAAAAAGUGAGGGUAAUUCAAGGUCUUCUCAUGACUAGUACAGUACAAAGUCAGCAUUAAUCAAUAGAUGUUUCGUUUUGUCCAAACAGUCAGAAACCUGAAGUUUCAGCUUCAGAAAAUGUUCACAUUUGAAAAGCUGAAACUGGAGAACUUUGGGCAUUUAGUUUAAACCUUAUGCAACUGUAUUUCUGUUUUGGUGGGGGGCAAAGAUAAGUAUUGUAACAUUGGAUUCAUGUGACACUGAAGAAAACUUAAAAACAGGAGGAUUCUGAAUGAAGUUCUGCAGCCUCUGUUUUCUCUGAGGUUUAUUCUGGAUGGACAUCAAAGAUAAUGAGGUCCUCACGAAGUGAAAGUCACACUGAAUCAGCUCAACAUGUGUGUCAUGUCUGUGAGUUCAGGUCUGACUCAGCUAGGGCUCUGAGAAGGAGGAUGAUUUUUAACCCUCUGCACCGAUGACCCUUGUAGCUGGAGGCAAAAUGUUUUCAGGUUGCCCAUCCCAUUCUCUUGAACACGAUAUCUCAGUAACAUCUGGAGGGAAUUUCUUCAAAUUGUACACAUGGACUCAAAGAUGAACUGAUUAGAUUUUGGUGGUCAAAGGUCGUUAGGACCACACAAAACAUAUUUUGGGCCAUAAGUCACUGCUAAUUAUCUUAAACUGGAUUGGUUGGUGGAGGCAUAUGACCACAAGGAGGUAACUGUUUGACUCUUAAUUCACCUUGCACAGUAUCUUUGCCUCCCUCUACUCAUCCUCAGGCCUCUACAGCCUCAAAAGCUAACAAUAGUUGCCUUCAUCUUUUUAUGUAGAACUCUUCCUCACCAGACACAUCAGUGACGACAGUGCCCUCAAGUAAAAAGAAACUCCCUGAAAACGUUUCCAGUGACAAACGUUAGGAAGGUUAUGUUGUCACGCAGGAUGUGACCGUUGUGCUGGGAGGUUUCUAACAUCAUCACAAACAUCAACUCAAAGGUCAAGCUCUGAAUCUAACUCUCAGUCAGACACUGAACACUGGGGGUGGAGCUGGUUUUUGCUUUCAGCCCUGCAGUGAAACGAUGCAGACUGACCCACCUUGUCAGGUAAAGGUCACUGAGGACGCAGUCACAAUAGAACCUGAAACAUAAAAUGACUUCUGUCGUGAACUCCUUUUUUAUCUGUGUGCUUUCUCCUGACUAUGAUUAUCUAAGGUGAAGCUCAUUUUCUCCACACAGUUUAUUUCAGUGGCAGUUCUGUCAUCUUUGUUUGGAGGGUUUGUCUCCAAGUGGCUUUCAUGCUUAACUGUUUUGAAGAAAUUUGUCUGGGAUGUAAUGACAAGUGAAACUUGGAAAAACUGAUCAGCAAUACGUUUACCAGACUGCCUACAGGACUUUUCCUGUCCCUGAACAGCCCUUUGAUCGCUCCAGUUCUCUUCAGUUUUUCUUCAGGCACGAUCCUAUCCUGUGUGACAGAACUGUGAUGACUUACCUGGACCAAAGAGAGAAACAUUGCGACCACCUGCUGGUCCUGCCAAAACAGCUCUGACCCCGAGACCAGGACUGUACCAGACCUCUGAAGGUCCCUGUGGUAUCUGGUAUCAAGAUGUCAGCAGCAGCAGUUCCUUUAAGUUGUGGAGGUUGUGAGGAGGAGCCAGUGUGGAUCAGACUUGUCUCCAGUUCGUGGUCUUUUCUCCUUGGACUGCAGUCGGUGGGUCCUCACCACAUCUGACUGAGAGCUCCCCACCAGCUGUCAGUCUGACCCAGUCGUCUGGACAUAAUGACCUGGCUCCUGUCAAAGUGGUCUUUGUUUCCCACAUCCAACACGUUCACUAGAAGAACCGACCAACAAGUCCUCCAACAUAAAUGACCAUACAGGUCGCUUGUUCCUACUCUCAGGUACAACCCAGUGGCAGGUGUUACCGGUGCUCUGUCAUCAUGGUAACAGCAAUAAAUAUAUGUGUUUAACACUGUGGAUCGUCUCAGUUUGGUUCAGUUCAGGAAAAGAUUGUGGUUUGGGUUAAAACUGGUUGUGGAACGGCCAUGGAUUAAAGAAACAACAAAGACUACUGGGUUCAAACGGGAACAGAGGUCUCCAUCCACUACGGCCUCCUCCUAAUGUGGACUUUGCACCUGUUUAUACAACAUCAUCUAAUUUGUUGCUGUACUAAUUACUACAGCAACUAGAUGUCACUUAACAACACAUAACUUUGGGUCGUAACAAUUAACGUUGUUCUCCUCAUUAUGUUCUGGUUAAUCAGUAUAAAUAUGUAAAAGUCUUAAGCCCACUUAAAAUGUCAGAACUGAAUUUUCUCCAGUGAAUUAACAUUUUGCCUUUUGCACUUGAACACCUGUCAUUUUAAAGCACCUUGCAGUGUCCUGCUCUGGUCCUGAUUCACUCCUUAGCUCAGAGGCUAACCACUCAGUUUCCCCACAGGGGUCAGCUUCUUUUAUUCUCUGACUGAGGAGCUUCAAUGAAACUGGAAGGUGUCGCUCAGGUAAUAAGCUACGACAGCUUCCUCCAGUUUGGAUUCUGGGCUCUGACGGUCGGUCGAUGAACUCAGAGGUUAAAUUUGAACUGAAGUUAUUUUAUUUCGAAAUAAACGUUUAAAUACUGCUGCGACCACACCCUCACAGUGGUGUAUUUUCAAAAUAAGAGCAGACUUUAUUUCCAGGGUUACACCUGUCAAGAAUUAUUUAAUGUUUGAAGAUGGAAGAAAUAGAAUAAUGGCUUUAUAUAUGUAAAUAAGCUGAGAAACAGAUCUGUUGUUUGAUGAUUAAUCGUAGCAGAAUUUAUCAACAUGUUUCUGUAAAACCAAAGAAAAGCUUUUUAAAAGUCUUUGUACUCCCUUUGACGUCGACAGGUCGACUGCCUCUGCUUAAGACUGAAUAUUAUCUGUAAUGAAAUUUAUAUAAUGUGUACAGAGCUGACAUCAAAUGAAACACAAACACACCCUUUAAAACAAGGAUUUUGAUUUUGGAUUUUUCUUCUUGUUUCUUGAUAUGAUCUAAAAAAUAUUUGUAAAUGUUUCUUUAGAAGAGAUAUUUGUAUUUUACAUACGCACACUGGACUUUAUUUAAUCAUAGUAUACAUUUACAGAUAUGUGUUUUAAAAACAGAAAUACUGGGUCAGCAAUGUGACACGUUGCGUGGGACUGUAAAAAACAACAACAUUUAAGUUGAAAACAAUGUUUUAAUGAAGAAACUGGAAAACUUCAGUUUUUAUUUAAGC